CCUCCGGUCACGUGACGGCGGCCCAGGUGAGCACCGCUUCCGGGGUCGGGAGCCUGCUUCGCCGCCGGCUCGGGUUUUCCACUCAGUCGGGUGCACCCUCCGGAGAGGGAGACUAUGGCGUCGUCCUCUGUCCCGCCGGCUACCGUAUCGGCGGCGACAGCGGCCCCGGGCCCGGGUUUCGGCUUCGCCUCCAAAACCAAGAAGAAGCAUUUCGUGCAGCAGAAGGUGAAGGUGUUCCGGGCGGCCGACCCGCUGGUGGGCGUGUUCCUGUGGGGCGUAGCCCACUCGAUCAAUGAGCUCAGCCAGGUGCCUCCCCCAGUGAUGCUGCUGCCAGAUGACUUUAAGGCUAGCUCCAAGAUCAAGGUCAACAAUCACCUUUUCCACAGGGAAAAUCUGCCUAGUCAUUUCAAGUUCAAGGAGUAUUGCCCCCAGGUCUUCAGGAACCUCCGUGAUCGAUUUGGCAUUGAUGACCAAGAUUACUUGGUAUCCCUUACCCGAAGUCCCCCAAGUGAAAGUGAAGGCAGUGAUGGUCGCUUCCUUAUCUCCUAUGAUCGAACUCUGGUCAUCAAAGAAGUAUCCAGUGAGGACAUUGCUGACAUGCAUAGCAACCUCUCCAACUACCACCAGUACAUCGUGAAGUGCCAUGGCAACACACUGCUGCCCCAGUUCCUGGGGAUGUACCGAGUCAGCGUGGACAGCGAAGACAGCUACAUGCUUGUGAUGCGCAACAUGUUUAGCCACCGUCUUCCUGUGCACAGGAAGUAUGACCUCAAGGGCUCCCUAGUGUCCCGAGAAGCCAGCGAUAAGGAAAAGGUUAAAGAAUUGCCCACCCUUAAGGAUAUGGAUUUUCUCAACAAGAACCAGAAAGUUUAUAUUGGUGAAGAGGAGAAGAAAGUAUUUCUAGAGAAGCUAAAGAGAGACGUGGAGUUCCUAGUGCAGCUGAAGAUCAUGGACUACAGCCUUCUGCUGGGCAUCCAUGACAUCAUUCGGGGCUCGGACCCAGAGGAGGAGGGACCUGUGCGGGAGGAGGAGUCAGAGGGGGAUGGGGACUGUGGCCUGAUGGGACCACCUGCGCUCGUGGGCUCCUAUGGCACCUCCCCUGAGGGUAUUGGCGGCUACAUCCAUUCUCAUCGGCCCCUGGGCCCUGGAGAGUUUGAGUCCUUCAUUGAUGUCUACGCCAUCCGGAGUGCUGAGGGGGCCCCCCAGAAGGAGGUGUAUUUUAUGGGCCUCAUUGACAUCCUGACACAAUAUGAUGCCAAGAAGAAAGCAGCUCAUGCGGCCAAAACCGUCAAACAUGGGGCUGGGGCAGAGAUCUCCACUGUGCAUCCUGAGCAGUAUGCUAAGAGAUUCCUGGAUUUUAUUACCAACAUCUUUGCCUAAGAGACUGCCUGACUCCAUGCUGACUGCUGCUUUAUGUUCAAGGUGGCAGGGUUGUGAGAGGCUUAGGGGAAUUGUGGAAUGUUGACCACUGUUUCUUCUCUUCCUCCUUUGUUAAAUACUAGCUACAGGCUCCUUCCAUUCAGAUAACUCCAUCUUGUUGAGUAGGCUCUUCCUGGCCCUCAGAAAUACAUUGUCCUAUCUCCCCGUCUAGUUUUCUUCCUUCUUUCUCUCCCCCCCAACAAGUCUGCUUGCUUCAUGAGAGUGUUAAUGUUGACUCACUCCCAAGUGCCUUGAUCUUUGUACAUGUCCUGUUGUUUCUAUAACAUAGGAGGUGAUGGGGGAAGGGGGUUCUCUGCCAUCUUCAGGACCUGACUGGACAGAUGGACCUGGCUCAAGAAGCUACUACGGAUGCACUUUGCUGCAUGGGAUACACUAAGAGUGUCUAAAUUUUGCUGAUAACUUUAUAGAACUCACUGUGGCAUGCCUCCUUCCCAGGAGUCCCUGGGAAGGAGGACUUUCAAGAUACUACAGUUGUGGGUGCUGGCAUGCACAUAUGUGAUGGGAUGUGGCCCAUCUUACACACACAUGGGGUGGAGAGUGGCGAGCCAGCUGGCACCUCACAGAGGUGGGAUCCAGGAGGACUCGCGAUUAUGUGGGGAACUGGAGGUCUUUGUCAAGAAUUGACUGCUCUCCAACCUCUUCCCUCACCCCACUUCCGCCCCCCACCCCAGUACUUUGGGCACAAGAGCCCAGAGAUGACCAAAGUGUUCAAGUCUGGGUGAAGAUGUUUGUUGCUGCUCUUCACCAGGACCUCCCAUGCCUCCUGGGGCUGGAACCCUUCAGUGGGGGUGUGGGCAGUUCUGGAGGCUGGGGUGAUGGGCCAGGGUAUAAGGUUCAUUCCCAGUGCUAGAUUUCCUUUCUUCAUGUCUAGCCAUCCCUGAGGUUUUAUUCCCAGCAGGGGGGAAUAUCUGUACCCGGGUCAACCCUGGUCAUUUCAAGAGGAUGAAGGUCUCCAGUGUGGGGGCCUCCAUUCUCAUCGGCCCCUGGGCCCUGGAGAGUUUGAGUCCUUGGAGGUGUGCGCCUAACAUAUUUCCUUCCCAGCCCCUUCUCAAACCCUUUUUCCAGUUGGAUUUGUCACUCUGUUCCUUUCUUUCUCAUCCCAUACCACUACUGUGUCUCCCAGGGGACAGAUGGCCUUCUUUGUCAUCUUCACUCUCCACCCCCAGAGAGGAGUCAGAGCCAUAACUCAAUCACCCGGCCUCCUCCAAAGAGUCGAAAUGACAUGUGAUAGUCUCAGAAUGUAGAGGACCCUGAUGAACCAGAUAGUGGCCUCCCCUCCCCCUAAUGCCUCUGGGGCUAAGGCAGCCAUUCUUGCUACCCUCCAUCCCCCUUAUGGCUUCUAUGCUUUUUUUUUUUUUUUUAACAUAAAGAUGGGCACCAGCGACUGGCCUGUGGGGAUGCAAAGAUUCUUUGCUCUGUAUCUAGCUGGACUGAUCUCACAAGAAGUCAUGCAGUCAUAAAAGAGACUUCCUUUCUCUCCUCCAUCUUCUGCUCCAGAGGAAGUAACAAGAGGAGUCCACGGCUAAAGAUUAGAGCCCCUAUAAUAUCUCCCAUCAGGGGCCUGAUGAUCUCUCUCAUUCCAACCGUCUACCUUUCCCCUGUUGAAUGCAAUAAAACUCCGUGACACCAGCAGCUGUUGCUCUUUAGAAAUUGGUUUUCUGACCAUGUGGCUGAUGUAUCAUGAGCAGUAUGGUCUUCAUUUGUUGCUUCUGUUUUUCAUCUUUUUUGUUUUAUUAAUUAAUAAAAAAGAUCUUGUGUAUUUA